CUUCUCCCGAAACAAUACUAUGGGCAUCCUCGAUAUCGUACCGGCUGGUGUGUUGACUGGCGAUAAUGUCCGCAAAGUCUUCGAAUACGCCAAGGAGAACAAGUUUGCCAUUCCUGCUAUCAAUGUAACCUCAUCCUCGACAGCGAACGCUGUACUCGAGGCUGCCAGGGACAUCAAAUCGCCCAUCAUCAUCCAGGUCUCUCAAGGCGGCAGUGCCUACUUCGCUGGAAAGGGCCUGGCCAAUGACAAGCAGCAAGCCUCUAUUGCGGGGGCAACAGCUGCCGCAGUCCAUGUUCGAACUGUAAGCAAGGCUUACGGCGUACCCGUCAUUCUCCACAGUGACCACUGCGCCCACAAACUCCUGCCCUGGUUCGACGGAAUGCUUGAAGCCGACGAAGCCUACUUCAAGGAACACCAGGAACCCCUUUUCUCCUCCCACAUGCUCGACCUUUCCGAAGAACCAAAAGAGGAGAACAUCGCGACAUGCGUCAAGUACUUCAAACGCAUGGCGCCCCUCGGCCUGUGGCUUGAGAUGGAAAUUGGUAUCACUGGCGGUGAGGAGGAUGGUGUUGACAACACAGGCGUUGACAAUGCCAGCCUCUACACCCAGCCAGAGGACAUCUGGGAUGUUUACAACGCCCUCAGCAAGAUCUCUCCUAACUUCAGCAUCGCCGCUGCCUUUGGUAAUGUCCACGGCGUCUACAAGCCUGGAAACGUCCGCCUCCAGCCUGGAUUGCUCGGAAAGCACCAAUCAUACGCGAGCCAGAAACUAGGUGGAAAAGCCGAGAAGCCGUUGUUCCUCGUCUUCCACGGCGGUUCUGGAUCCACCAAGGAGGAAAUCAAAACUGCUGUGAGCAACGGCGUUGUCAAGAUGAACGUCGACACAGAUACUCAGUUCGCUUAUCUUGUCGGUAUCCGGGACUUUGUCCAGAACAAGAGUGGAUACCUCCAGACUCAGGUUGGUAAUCCUGAAGGUGCUGACAAGCCCAACAAGAAGUACUAUGAUCCUCGUGUCUGGGUGCGUGAGGGUGAGAAGACGCUUGUUGUUCGUGUCAAGGAAGCCUGUGAAGACCUCGGCAACGUUGGUCGUCUCUGAGUGAACGCAAAAGGGAA